GGCGGAAACAGAGGGCAGCCGAGGCGGGGGGCGCGGGCCUGACACUGGAGCUGCGCUGGGAGUGGCAGGACUCCGGCGGCACCUGGCAUCGCUUCGUGCCUGAGCAGAGCGAGGUGCUGACACAGGCGGCCAGGGCAGGGAAGCCCAGCGUGGCUGUGGGUUCCCGCGUGGACCUGCGGCGGAUGGUGCAGUGGGAUGGACAGAUGGGGCAGGACAGAUGUGUGGCAGCCGCUUUCCAGGACCAGGACUCCUGGGGACGAAGAGGGGCAGUGGCUGCCCUACCCUGCCGAUACCUGCCUGGCGCUGGAGCGAGCGUGGCGUGGCGACGGGGGUCCCAGCCUAGAGGUGACGUUCAGCCGGACCCGCUACAUAUUGGACACGGCACAGAUGACCCAGACCAACAUCAGAACUGGGUACCAGCGCCGGAUGGAGCGGAGGGAGUCAGAGGUCAUCAAGACCCUGAUUGUGAAGGGGAAGGCGCCGGUGGAUCCCGAGUGCUUGGCUAAACUGGGGAAGGCCCACAUUUACUGUGAAGGGGACGACGUCUACGACGUGAUGCUCAACCAGACCAACCUCCAGUUCAACAACAACAAGUUCUACGUCCUACAGCUCCUGGAGGAUGAUGGGCCGCGGAGCUACAGCGUCUGGACGCGCUGGGGGCGCGUGGGGUGGCCAGGCCAGCACGCGCUGGUGUCCUGCGCUGGGGACCUUGCCCAGGCCAAGGAGAUCUUCACUAAGAAGUUCCUAGACAAGACCAAAAACCACUGGGCCGAGCGGUGCAACUUCCAGAAAGUGCCUGGCAAGUACGACCUGCUGCACAUGGACAGCCGGCCCCCCGCCGCAGAGCCGAGCUGCGCGGGGGCCUCCCAGCCCAAACCAGCCUCACGACUGGACCCCCGAGUGCAGGCGCUGCUGGGGCUGAUCUGCGACCUGCAGGCCAUGGAGGAGAUUGUGCUGGAGAUGAAGUAUGACACCAAGAAGGCUCCUCUCGGGAAGCUGACGGUGGAGCAGAUCCGUGCUGGGUUCCAGUCACUGCAGAAGGUGGAGGCGGUUCUGCGGGCCGGGGACACUGGACGGGCCCUGCUGGAAGCCUGCAACGAGUUCUACACCCGUGUGCCCCAUGACUUUGGGCUUCGGACACCCCCAUUGAUCUGGACGUGGCAGGAGCUUACGGAGAAGGUGCAGCUGCUGGAGGCCCUGGGCGAGAUCCAGCUCGCCAUCAAGCUGGUGCGCUUGGAGCUGCAUGGCCAGGAGCACCCGCUGGACCGGAGCUACCGCACGCUGGGCUGUGAGCUCCACCCCCUGGAGCGGGACUCUGCCCACUUCCAGGUGCUGGAGCGGUACCUGCUCUCCACCCAUGCGCCCACCCACCGUGACUACUCCAUGGAGCUGCUGGAGGCUUUCACCCUGCGCCGGGCCGGCGAGCCCCCCUUCCGCGCCAGCCUGUCCAACCGGUGAGGGGCUGGGGGGAGUG